UGCGUCAGGCAGCUGGGGCAGCCUUGGCUCCAGCUCGGGAGGCGAGGACACUCCUUUCUGUGGAGUUGAAGGAGGAGGCGGCAGCGGAUCCCCGAGCUUCCUCAGCUUGACUCCUCGGCCUCUCUGCCCACAGGCCCCACCUGCCCCUUUCGGGACCCACCGACGGACGGACGGACACACGCACGGGCAGCCUAACGCUAAGAUCUUCCAGUAUGGCUUCAGCAGCCACACCUAAAUAUAACUCCCGCUCUUUGGAGAAUGAUUCUAUUAGGAGGAGCUCAAGAGAUGGAUUCACUCGAGACCUCUGUGAAGAAAUUCCUCGACUUCCAGGAGAAACUAGAAUUACUGACAAAGAAGUCAUUUAUAUAUGUCCAUUCAAUGGCCCCAUUAAAGGACGAGUUUAUAUCACCAAUUAUCGCUUGUAUUUAAGAAGCUUUGAAACAGAUUCUGGAGCAUUACUCGACAUUCCUCUGGGUGUCAUUGCAAGAGUUGAAAAAAUGGGAGGAGCUUCAAGUCGAGGAGAGAAUUCCUAUGGACUAGACAUUACUUGCAAAGAUAUGAGAAAUCUGAGAUUUGCUUUGAAACAAGAAGGUCAUAGCAGAAGAGACAUAUUUGAAGUCCUCACAAAAUAUGCUUUUCCACGGUCAAAUGGUUUGCCAUUAUUUGCUUUUUUAAAUGAAGAAAAGUUUCCUGAAAACGGGUGGAUGGUAUAUAAUCCAAUUGAAGAAUAUCGAAGGCAGGGAUUGCCCAAUGGCCAGUGGAGAGUAUCUUUUGUCAAUAAACGCUUUGAAAUGUGUGAAACGUAUCCUUCCAUUCUGGUGGUUCCAUAUCAUUCCACAGAUGAUGAUCUCAGGAAAGUUGCAACUUUUAGAUCCCGUAAUAGAAUUCCGGUGCUGUCCUGGAUUCAUCCAGAAAAUAAGAAUGUCAUUAUGCGCUGCAGUCAACCUCUUGUUGGCAUGGGUGGCAAAAGGAAUAAAGAUGAUGAAAAAUAUCUUGAUAUUAUCAGAGAAGCUAAUGGACAGAUUUCCAAACUUGCAAUAUUUGAUGCAAGACCCAGUGUAAAUGCAGUAGCCAACAAGGCAACAGGAGGAGGAUAUGAAAGCGAUGAUGUCUAUCAUAAUGCAGAAAUUUUCUUCCUGGAUAUUCACAAUAUUCAUGUCAUGAGAGAAUCCUUAAGAAAACUGAAGGAUAUAGUUUAUCCUAAUGUAGAAGAAUCUCAUUGGUUAUCAAGCUUGGAAUCAACUCAUUGGCUAGAACAUGUCAAGUUUGUCUUGACAGGAGCUAUUCAAGUUGCAGAUAAAGUGGCCUCUGGGAGAAGCUCAGUGUUGGUGCAUUGCAGUGAUGGAUGGGAUAGAACAGCACAGCUCACAUCUCUAGCCAUGUUAAUGUUAGACAGCUACUACCGAACCAUUACAGGCUUUGAAGUAUUAAUACAAAAAGAGUGGAUAAGCUUUGGACACAAAUUUGCAUCGAGAAUAGGUCAUGGGGAGAAAAAUUAUGCCGACACUGACCGCUCUCCCAUUUUUCUUCAAUUUAUGGAUUGCGUAUGGCAAAUGUCUAAACAGUUUCCUACAGCUUUUGAAUUCAAUGAACAAUUCUUGAUCGCCAUUUUGGAUAAUCUCUACAGUUGCCGGUUUGGUACCUUCUUAUUCAACAGUGAAUAUGCUCGAGAAAAAGAGAAAGUAAUGAUGAAAACUCUUUCUUUGUGGUCAAUGAUAAACAGCAAUAAAGGAAAGUACACGAAUCCUUUUUAUACGAAGGAGCUGAACCGAGCUUUAUACCCGGUUGCUAGCAUGCGCCAUUUGGAACUCUGGGUGAAUUAUUACAUUAGAUGGAACACAAGGAUGAGGCAACAACAGCCAGAUCCAGUGGAGCAGCGUUACAUGGAGCUUUUAGCUUUGCGGGAUGAAUAUGUGAAGAGGCUUGAAGAAAUGAAGAUGACCAACUCCGCCAAGCUCACCAGCUCCUCAGCUUCCUCUUCAGCCCCCUCCCAAAUGAUGCCCCAUGUCCAAACUCACUUUUAAAAGGAGAAUCGGCAUUCUCUGGAACCACGCGCUAGUGUAGAUCUCCUGUCCUAAAAGAGGAAUUUUUGAAUGCUUCAGAUUUGCACAUUUUUUCUUAGUUUUUUCUU